CUAUUAUUCUGAUAAAGAUAAGUGUUUGUAGAUGCAUUCUAAUUAUUUCAUCCGAACCAUUCCAGUGUUGUUUCCCUGUGUCUUUAUUAACUAAAAAGGCGGGUGCAUGAAAGUAGAUAAAAAUCAGGUUGUACACUUUUGGUUUUCCCGGUUUCCUCAAAAGUAACAACGUCCGUACUCUGCAGACAUGAGUUUUGCAAGGCUUGCAUGCCCACAUAUAGCAUUACAUUUACUCAUAUAUAUACACACAAUCUCUACAUCUAGGGUUACAGAGAGAAGCACGAAGUUAUAAUGGAAGAUCCGUAUCGCACCACCACCAUUCGCCUACUCUGCAACACAAAAACCGCCGGAGGAGUCAUCGGCCACUUGGGGCAUUACAUCAAACAGUUGGUGCGCACAACAGGAGCCAAGAUCAAGCUUCAAGAACCCCAUUUCAAAUGCUGUGAGCGCGUGAUUUCUGUCACUGGGACACUUCACCAGGACAGGAGCAUCAUGUUGGGUGGUGAGAAAUGGAAGAUGUCGCAGUUACAGGAGGCUUUGCUCAGGGUUUUUGAGAGGGUUUUGGAGAUGGAAGGGAGUGAGAGGGAGAUUGUGGGGUGUAGAGUGCUGGCUGGGCCUGGUCAGGUUGCUGGGGUUAUUGGUGUUGCUGGGAGUGUCAUUACUAAGAUUGAGAAACGCUGUGGGACUAAAAUUCGGAUUUUUUCCACCAGUCAGCUGCAGGGCUGUGCCGAUGCUGGGGAUGAGUUGAUUCAGAUAACAGGCGAAGCUGUGGCUGUCAAGCAAACACUGCUCGCGGUUUCCUGGCGUUUGCAGGAAAUGAAACCCAGGGGUGUAGUUCUGAAUCACAUGUCGUCAGAAGAAAAGGGCAGAGUUCUUGUGUCUCAAGAAUAUACUUCAAAAGUGGUUACAUAUAGAUUACUCUGUUCGCGUAAGGUGGCUGGAGGUCUAAUUGGAGUGGGAGGUGGUCUAGUCAAGUGUUUAGAAGUAGAAACUGGGGCAUCUAUACGAAUUUCAAAGCCUUUAGCCACUCCUACCGAGCGCAUCGCCACUAUAACUGCUCGGGAGUCCCCAGAAUCAUUCCCUUCUGCACAAAAUGCAGUCAUGCGUAUUUUUUCUAGAUCUGUAGAGCUUGACAAUGAAAUGGAUCCAGGGUCGAGCUUGCAUACUGAGAGAGCUAUAACGGCACAACUUAUUGUUGAUUCAAACCAAGUCAGCUUUCUAUUAGAUAGUGAAGGAAUGAUUUCUUCAGAUAUAAGAAACACAAAUGGUGUCGAAAUGCAGCUUUCUUGGGGCAGCAUUGUUGAAAAAAAUGCUGCUAAGAGUGAUUACAUAUUGCAGAUUAGCGGCCUAUAUGAGAAUGUAAGAAAUGCUCUCCUUCAAGUUACUAGUAGACUUAGGAACCUUUUCUUUUCCACUAUCAUCUCAAAUGCAGCAGAACAUGUGCAAAAUUGUUGCUCUGUGGACUCUAACUUCACAUCUAGUGACAGAGAGAAGGCCGUUUACUGUGGUUCUGAUGACUUAAUAUGCUUUUCCUCUGCCGACCCUGAUAUGAACAUAACACUGGAAAUGAAUCGACUUGGGUUUUUAAACGAGCCUGUUGAAGGUUACGAAACAAAAGACCUGACUGAUACUUCUGGAGGUUUUAGAGCUACUGAGAUUGACCUUGAGAAGGGAAGUAUAGACACAUACAGUUUGUAUGUAUACAUGCCUUAUGACUGUGAAGCUUGCAGUGUGGAAUUCGCUGUUUCAACAAAUAGCAUUGAGGUGUUUGAAGUUCCUGAACAAGCACUCAACUGUAUCUAUGGUGAAAGGGGUAGCAACUUGUCUCGUAUGAAGCAGAUCUCUGGUGCAUCAAUUGUGGUUGAAGAUCCUUGUGCUGGAAAAAGUUACAGAAAUGUAAUCAUAUCGGGAACACUACACAGUAUCAUGGUUGCUAGGAGCCUCCUUCAAGCGUUUGUCCUACCUCAACUAUGAAUACAUACUUCUUACUUGCAUCCUGAAUGAGACAAUCUCUGAACCUGUGCAUAGGCUUUCCAGAUUCAAGCUAUAUUGUCUUUAAGUUGUUGCUGGCGUUCUUUUGGUGGGGCAAACUUCUCUCGAACUUUUUACUACUGCAAGUUCUUAAUUAGCUGAACUCAUGCUGCAUAUCAAACUGAUAUGAGUUCAUAAUUUGGUCAAAUAUGAAAGAAGUGAUGCCAGAUCAAUGUUAGUUUUGUAAAAAUCAAUGAUCAUUUUUAGUAGAGGCA